CGCAAACAACCAUCACACAAGAAUGGGUGAUGUAUGCUUAUUGACCAUGUCUCAAAAUGCAAAUGCAACACCCUUUAACUUGUGCAACUUGAUGUGGGAACAUCUCAAAAAAGAAUGCAAGGCAAAGGGGACUAUUUGGGCGGGAGGAGUAAUUAUGCAUUUGACAACAAAAUUUGGCUAUACGGAUCGUCAUCCUAUAGCUGACUACUGUUUGAUGGACAUUGAUUAUCCGACCAGUGCCUUAUGUAUCUCCCAUUCCCAUUAUAAUAAGCUAGGUAAGGACUACUACAAGUGGACUAUUCAUCCUAGGCCCUUCUGAUAUUUCACUUUGCCCUCCGAUGACCUACCUCCACUUAUUUUCACUGAGGAUAUGAGCCAUGUACGCCACUACUUAUUUCCCAAUGCCAUACCUCCACACCUCCGACAUCCUGUAGAUGAUCUACAGGAAGAGCAUCAUGAAGAUAUGCAUGAGGACAUGCCCAACCCACCUCAAAACCCACCUCAAAACCCACCUCAAAACCCACCGCAAAACCCACCGCAAAACCCUCCUCCAACCGACUAUUUCCAACAACUUCUAGCCGGAUUUCAAAACAUGAGCACGGACUACAAGACCAUGGUGGGUCAAUUUGACCAACUUAGGCAAGAAGUUGUUUGUUAUCGAGAGGAGCAAAGCACGGGAUUUCAAAUAUUGGAGGAGGACCGCCAAGCGGACAAUCAACGAUAUGAGGAAGAUCACCGUAGGAUGUAUGGUCCAAUGUACUCCUACAUAGCUCACCAAGCCUCUUAUAAUGCUAUGGCCACCCCACCUCCACCACCCUCAUGGUAUGACCCCACUCACUAUGGUAGUUUUGGGGGAUCGAGUUCUGGCGGUGGGGGCUAUGAUGGCGGAUUCGGAGGAGAUGCCACUAUGGGCGACGAAGGCACCGGUGGUGGUUUUGGAGGCGGUUUCUAUGGUGGCAAGGGCGGGCACUAGGGAUAGUGCUUGGAUUAAGAAGGGGGGAGACUCCUCAUGGGACCUCAUUUGAUCUCUUGAAAGAAGAGGAAGGGAAGAAGAAGAAGAAGAAGAAGAAGAAGAAGAAGAAGAAUAAAAGUUUGAGCAUAGAAGACCCAAAAAAAAACCCAAGAACAAUGUUGUUUUAUAAACUCAUUUAGAUUCCUUGGUGGUCUUACGUUCUUUCCUUUUAGCCCUCAUUAAAACUCUUAAAUGUUUUGGAAAAUUCUACUUUACUCGAGGGCGAGUAAAGAGCUAAGUGUGGGGGAGUUUGAUACCUUUGUAAUUUCCAUGUGUAUGUUUGUAUUUUUAGUUAAUUUUGUUGGUUGAUACUUUGGAAAUUACACACUUUUGGUGUAAUAUUUUAGUUUGCAAAAUUAUUUGUAAUUUGUUUAGAUUAGGAUUAUUCUGAGCUUAGGACAGGUCAAAAUCAUCCCAAGAAUCAAAGGAUGGAUCCUAAAGACCAAAGAAUGUGCAAAAAGGAGAAGAUCAAAUGAAAAUUUUGAAAUUUGUUCAAUACUCGGUCGAGUACUGCCAAUACUCGGUCGA